AUGACUUAUCCGCAUCAGACACCCGUUCAACCUCGUCCCAUAAACCUAAGUUUCGGCAAGAACUUGCUCGAGUAUGAGGAUGAGUGUUGGAAUGGUGACUAUAGAGGCCUUGGUAGGUCACAGUUCUCUAUGCAAUCGAGCGAUCUCCGUGCAACAAAAGAAGCCAAUUCAUCUGUAUCCACUGUCCUCCACCAUGGAAAUCCAGAUCAUGGCCUUCAACAAGAAAAUAAUGUUCAUCCAUCGACACAUUCAGAUACUGGCUAUAUGGUUGAAGCUGUAGCCACCAUCUUGAAAUUCGGAGAGAAAUUGGAUUACGGAGGUUUCACAAUAGAGGCUGUGUCAGCAAUAUAUUGGGCUGCAAAUGCACUAGUAGGAUUGGAAAUGGUAUAUGAUUCACCCACAUUAAUUCUUCCUCCCCUGAAAUAA